CCCACCCAAAAUUCUCACACCGACCAAUGUGUGUGUAUGCAUCUGCAACAUAUAAAUCUGACAGGAUCUACCAAUUUUUCCGGGACCCAAAAUUUAAAAAUAAUAAAUUAAUAAAUCGCGGAUUUGGACGGAUCUUCCAGCAUUCAGCAAAGCAGGUUGCGCAUUUAUAGGAGUAUAAUCAUAAUUCACAUCCUCAAGUUCCCCACAGCUAGACAGCUCCCUCUGAGGCUUUGCUAGGAGUAUCUGGUCCUGAGAAGAAAUGAAGGGUGGACAAUCUAGUAGAUUUUUGGGACGACACUCUUCUCUUACUCUGGCUGCUCUUUUUUUGACCACUAUCUUCUUCUGGUCUUGGGAGAAUAAUCCACUCCUUACCAGUCUCUUAUCAGCACAAGACCAAUUCUUGAUGCAUGCCUCAGAUUUUACAGCGGAUCACUUUGCUGAUACAUCAGUGUUGUCAAAUCCCUUGGAGCUAGAGAAAGAUUCAGUGUCUCAACUUGCCGAAGGUACAGAAGAUGACAAUACACUAAAACCUUUGGGAAGUGAUAUGGACCAGAUGAACACGCCAUCCUAUGAGAGAAAGGAUCAAGUUUCAGUCUUUCCUUCAAAGAAGCAAGCUUGUAAUUAUGGUAAAGGAAGAUGGGUCGCAGACAACCGAAGACCAUUGUAUUCAGGGUUAGGGUGCAAGCAGUGGCUAUCUGAUAUGUGGGCUUGUAGACUGACUCAACGCACAGAUUUUUCUUAUGAAGGUUAUCGUUGGCAACCAGACGAUUGUGAGAUGCCUGAGUUUCAGGGUACUGAAUUUUUAAGAAGAAUGCAGGAUAAGACUAUUGCAUUUAUAGGAGAUUCAUUGGGCAGACAGCAAUUCCAAUCUCUUAUGUGCAUGGCGUCUGGUGGUGAGGAGAAACCAGAAGUUGAAAGUGUGGAAUGGAAAUUCGGCCUUACCAAACCGAGAGGAGCCAUCCGUCCUGAUGGAUGGGCAUAUCGGUUUCCCUCUACCAAUACCACUAUACUAUAUUACUGGUCAGCAAGUCUUUGUGGCAUAGAACCGAUAAACAUAACUGACCCAACCACUGAAUAUGCCAUGCAUUUAGACCGGCCACCAGCUUUUCUGGAACGAUAUCUCCCUCAGCUUGAUGUUGUGAUUCUCAACACGGGUCAUCACUGGAACAGAGGGAAGCUCAGGGCAAACCGAUGGGUGAUGUAUGCUGAAGGAAAGCCGGUCAUUAACAGAAAGCUAGCUGAGAUGGGAAAUGCUAAAAGUUACACACUAUAUAGCAUUGCCAGAUGGUUCGACUCACAAAUUCCUCUAUAUCCACACCUCAAGGUUUUCCUCCGGACAAUAUCACCGAGACAUUUUGCCAAUGGAGAGUGGAACACAGGGGGCAGUUGUGAUAAUCUCUCCCCCUUAUCAAAGGGGAGUGAAGUUUUUCAAAAUCAAUCAAGCGACCCCGUUGUGGAAGGUGCGGUCAGGGGUACCAUGGUCAAGAUUUUGGAUAUAACUGCUCUUUCUGAACUGAGGGACGAGGCUCACAUAUCGCACUACAGUAGGAAAGCAUCGGAAGGUAUAAAUGAUUGCUUGCAUUGGUGCCUUCCCGGCAUUCCCGAUACAUGGAAUGAGCUGCUCUACGCCCAACUGUAGUAUAUGUCUGGUCUUGUGAGACGAAAGGCGGCCAACGGAGAAUAUAAAUGCUAAUGAGCUGCUCUACGCCCAACUGUAGUAUAUGUCUGGUCUUGUGAGACGAAAGGCGGCCAACGGAGAAUAUAAAUGCUACCGGAGUUACUGCUAUCACACCGUCUGAAAAAGUAACUUCUGAAGUCCAUUGUACUAAUAUUUUGUCAAGGAAGGAGCUGACUUGCAUGAUAGUAGACUACAUUAUUUUUUUGAGCUGUAGUAGACUACUUUGUUUCUUUUCCUUUCUUUUUCUUUUUGGUGAAAUUGAUUUAUUAUAGAUAAAUAGUGUAGUUCCUAGAAUAGGGAAUAUAGUUAAUUAUUUUUGACCCUGCUGAAUUGCCAUUUACGCUUGCAGUAACUUAUGUGGGAAACAUUUGAGAAAAGAACUCUGUAAUUCAAACUGUAUGUAACUUUUAUGGCGUUGUGAGCUUACUAGUUGAUUUGAAUGGAUUUUACCUAUUCAUUA